GGAGACUUCGGCUCCGCUCGGAGAAAAGGCACCGGACUGUAUGGUGGAGAACCGUUUAAUAAUUUUACCUUUUUCUGGGGACCGGCUGUAUGAUUAAGCUACAAUCUUCAAUGACAGUUCUGUGGUGUUCUGGGUCACACAUUUAUGGAGUUUCUGAAGGGCAGUGGGGACUACUGCCAGGCUCAGCACGCUGCCUAUGCAGACGAGUGAACAGCCAAACUCGCCAUCGAUCCGAAGCACUUGAGCCACAGGAGGGACCCCGGAAAGUUGGCAGGACCGGGACGCCUCCCAGAACCAGCGACAACUCGGCCUGGAUGGGGUAACUCCACCCGCUGCACACUGCCCUCGUCGGCUUCCGCCUGGCCAGAAUCAAGGUGGAACCAGCCUUGUUUUUUUCUUCCUUUUCUUUUGUUUUAUUCCAAAGGAGAGGGCUUUGAGUUACUUUUCUGAUUGUCCGCCAUUUUUCGGCCGCCAACUCCUCAAAUUUCCCCAUUUGCCCGUCGCCGCCUUCGUUCAUUUUCUUUUUUAAACCUUACCAACCUCGAAGAAGUACGGAGGAUUUUUGUUUCUGGGUUUCUGGAAGAUCGUUGGACAUUUGUGUUUGACAUUCCCUCCGGGUUUAACUAAGUGUUUACAUUAGUGUUUUUACUCUGUGAAAGACUUUUAGGUUUUGGUUUUUUUUGUUUUUGUUUUUUUGUUUUUACAUUGUAACAAUGGCUCGUAUGAACAGACCGGCCCCUGUGGAGAUCACCUACAAAAACAUGAGGUUCCUCAUCACCCACAAUCCCACCAACGCCACCCUGAACAAGUUCAUUGAGGAGCUGAAGAAAUAUGGAGUCACCACCGUAGUGAGAGUUUGUGAGGCCACCUAUGAUGCCACCCUGGUGGUGAAAGAGGGAAUCCAGGUCCUGGAUUGGCCGUUCGAUGAUGGAGCUCCUCCCUCCAACCAGAUCGUGGAUGAUUGGCUGAACCUGCUGAAGCUUAAGUUCAGGGAGGAGCCCGGCUGCUGCAUCGCGGUCCACUGUGUGGCAGGACUGGGGAGAGCUCCUGUUCUGGUCGCGCUCGCCUUGAUAGAAUGUGGGAUGAAGUAUGAAGAUGCUGUCCAGUUCAUUCGACAGAAGCGUCGAGGAGCGUUCAACAGCAAGCAGCUGUUCUACCUGGAGAAAUAUCGUCCAAAGAUGCGCCUGCGCUUCAAAGAUUCCAACGGCCAUCGCAAUAACUGCUGCAUCCAGUAGAGCCAAACCCUGAGCCACGCCAACCCCCCCCACCCCCCCUACACACACACAGAAAAGUUCAACUCAACCUUGCUAGCUUAUUACCUGGCAGGCUUGUUUUCUUAGUCAUUGUGUUGAAGUAUUUUUUUUUGGAAAACCAUGCACGGUAGUUCAACUGCCCCCCCCCCCCAAAAAACCCUCCCCCUCCCUCUUCAGGUUCAAAAUCAAGUGUCAAAAAAAAAAGAAAAAAAGAAAAACAAGAGUUGUGUGAACCAGGAUCAAAGUGUUUCCUGUCCAUGUGCCCAUUAAAAAGAAAAGAAAAAAAAAAACGAAGGGCAGCGCAGAGUCGUGUAUCAU